AUGGGAACGCGCCUCGUCCGCUUCCAGGUUCCUGUGUGGAUGGUUCUGGCUUGGUGGCUCAACCUAGCGUGUCCCGACUGGCAUGCGCCCAGAUGCGCAAGGCUCGCAUGUCUGAUAUCAUCUCGUACCGGAAACUGUAAACAGCCACAACAGGGUCGCGACCUUGGUGUCAGCAUUCUUGCAAAGUCCGAGGAAGGGGGAGGUUUAAAAGGGUUGACCAGCGGCCAUCCUUGUGCGUUCAACCCGCAGCCUUCUCCGACAUGUUUAACACAGCUCCAGGCUUCACAAUGGACCCUCAUCGUGGUCGCUACAGCCGUCAUCGCUGCCCGAGUAUACCUGCGACUCAAGAUCCAGAAUCGACGGAUGCUGGUUAGCGACAUCAUCAUGUGUACGGCAUGGGUUUUUGCCAUCAUCACAGCAGCAUUUGGGCCCAUCUUUGCAAGAAUGGGUGCUCUCGAUCCCGACGUGCAUACAUCCCUGCAAGGGUACAAAGGAGGAGUGGAAGAUUUAGAGCUCGUUUUGCAGUUGUUCUUUGCCGUCAAUUUCCCCUUCUACACCACCUUUUACCUAUGCAAAGCCGCCCUUCUCGCCGUCUACUUGCAGGUGUUUCCUCAGUUCAUGGUCAAGAGAAGGAUAUUUUUAUGGGUGACCAUUGUCUUUGUGGUUAUCGCCUACAUCGUUACAAUCACUCUGGUAUUCACCAUUUGUCUGCCUUUGGAACGGAAUUGGGCGACUAGUGUUACAAAGUCGUGCCCAGGCUCCUCUUAUGCUAUUCUCUUCCAGGUUGGUUGGGGAUUGCACUUUCUAGGUGACCUUCUCGUCUUUAUUCUGCCAUGGCUGAUUGUCCCUGCAUUAAACGUCAAGCGGGCACUCAGGCUAGGCAUUUACUUCACGUUUCUUCUCGGAACCAUCAACAUUGCCGUGUGUCUAGUUCGCUUUAUCGCGAUCCAGCAGGCGGGGGAGGAUUACUCCAUCUCCCUCAGCACAAUUGUUCUUUGGAGCUCCCUCGACGUCAACGUCGGCCUCGUCAUCGCCUGCCUCCCUUCUCUCCGACCCUACUUGGGCUCCCGAGGAAGUUCAGGAUAUCCGACCGAAAACACACAAACCAAAUCAACAACAGCAGGAAGACAAUCCGAGGUUGGGGUCAAGAUGCACGACCCCCGACCAAUGGGACAUUUUGAAGAUGCCCCCAUGUCAGCAGGCCCGAGUCUGCGAGAUCCCUCUCUCACAUACACGGAAGAGAUUUGGGACUAUGGGAAGAGGGAUAACGCGAGUGAUGUGGAAUUGAUACAGAUGCAUUUACCACCACAUGAUAGCAACAAACAACUAGAAUCAUAA